GCGCGGCCGGGGGGCUGCUGGGGGUGUGCGCCCCCAGCCGGCUGCCCUCGUGGAUGCCUCCCGGCGGCGGCGGGCCCAUGAAAGACUGCGAGUACAGUCAGAUCAGCACCCACAGCUCCUCCCCCAUGGAGUCGCCCCACAAGAAGAAGAAAAUCGCGGCCCGGAGGAAAUGGGAGGUUUUCCCGGGAAGAAACAAGUUCUUCUGCAACGGGAGGAUCAUGAUGGCCCGGCAGACGGGCGUCUUCUAUCUGACUCUCAUCCUCAUCCUGGUCACUAGCGGACUCUUCUUCGCCUUCGACUGUCCGUAUCUAGCAGUGAAAAUCACCCCUGCCAUCCCCGUGGUCGGUGGCAUUCUGUUCUUCUUUGUGAUGGGGACCCUGCUGCGCACCAGCUUCAGCGACCCUGGCGUCCUUCCGCGAGCCACACCUGAUGAAGCCGCCGACCUGGAAAGGCAAAUAGAUAUCGCAAACGGCACCAGUUCAGGGGGGUACCGCCCACCUCCCAGAACCAAGGAAGUCAUCAUCAAUGGCCAGACUGUGAAACUUAAAUAUUGUUUCACCUGCAAGAUUUUCCGGCCCCCUCGUGCCUCUCACUGUAGCCUUUGCGAUAACUGCGUAGAACGAUUUGAUCACCACUGUCCCUGGGUAGGCAACUGUGUGGGGAAAAGAAACUACAGAUUUUUUUAUAUGUUUAUUUUAUCUCUGUCUUUUCUGACAGUCUUUAUAUUUGCAUUCGUUAUCACCCACGUCAUUCUUCGUUCACAGCAAGCAGGAUUCCUAAAUGCUCUUAAGGACAGUCCUGCAAGCGUGCUGGAGGCCGUGGUCUGCUUCUUCUCCGUCUGGUCCAUCGUGGGGCUCUCGGGUUUCCACACGUACCUGAUCAGCUCCAACCAGACCACAAAUGAAGACAUUAAAGGAUCUUGGUCAAAUAAAAGAGGUAAAGAAAAUUACAACCCCUACAGCUACGGAAAUAUCUUUACAAAUUGCUGUGUUGCUCUGUGUGGACCCAUUUCUCCAAGCCUAAUUGACAGAAGAGGGUACAUCCAGCCUGACACCCCACGGCCAGCUGCGCCCUCCAACGGGAUGGCCGCGUACGGGGCCACACAGUCACAGAGCGAUACGUGCGACCAAGACCAGUGCAUUCAGAGCACCAAAUUCGUUUUGCAGGCCGCGGCCACGCCCCUGCUGCAGAGCGAGCCCAGCCUCGCCAGCGAUGAGCUGCACCUGCCCGGGAAGCCGGGCCUGGGCACGCCCUGCGCCAGCCUGACGCUGGGGCAGCCCACGCCGCCCUCCUCCAUGCCCAACCUCGCCGCCGAGGCCGCGCUCACAGACAUACUGCCCCUGAAAGAGGAGCACGUGGGCCACCAGUUCCUGACCCCGGAGGAAGCGCCCUCGCCGCCCGGGAUCCUGGCGGGCAGCCCGCUGGCGCACAGCCGCACCAUGCACGUCCUGGGCCUCGCCAGCCAGGACUCCCUGCACGAGGAUUCGGUGCGCGGCCUGGUGAAGCUCAGCUCCGUGUGACCGCGGGGCCCCGGCCCGGGGGCUGCACACAGCAGGAGCGACGGACGGGCGGCCCCACCGCGACUUCCCGCGACCCAGUGCCGGGGUGGCCACGACGACUCCAGGUCCUGAGGCAGGAAGAGCCCUGGGAGAGAAAUCGCAUCCCCCUCUGAUGGCAGAGGCGGGCAGGACCCAAAGGCUGGCAACUUGGUUCCAUUUGAAUUUUCUGCCCCCCCCCCCCGACCAUUUUGAUAACGGUGAAAACAGAGACGUAGCUGUUUUCAGGUGUUUGGAAUAUGGAGGGUGGGCGUGGGGAGGGAGGAGCCUCCGGCGGCCCCCAGUCGGAGUUUGGGCGGAGAGGAGGCUACCUGGGGGUGCCUCUUGCUGUUCUGGAACAGAUGCACGGAAGGUUUAUGACACUUGUGGCCGGACUGAAAUUGCACUUAAGUGUUAUACUACUAAUAUUUGAAACAGACAUGCCAUUCCAUUUGUUAAUUUAGAAAAAACCUAAAGGGAAACAAUGACCAGAUGUGGACUUGCAUGGCACGCUGCAGUCUGUUCACGGUGGUGAUGGUAUUGAAAGGGAACUGCUGCUUUCUUCUUCUUUUUUUUUUUUUUUUAAUUUUGUGAAUUCUCAAGUGCUGUUUUAUGGGAAGACAGUGCAACAAACCAAGACUAACGGACCAUGCCAUCCCUCGCCAGCUUCUUCAGCUUAAUUCUACAUGGGUAGGUGGCGCCUGGGCUGCGGAGGGCUGCCGGGGUUUUAUCCCAUCAAGCAUCAGUUAACCUUCUGUUUAGUAGUUAGCCGAGGUGUUGUGUUGUACCACACCUGCCACAGUCUUCACCUCCUUGUGUGACCAAACUCCUGUGGACAGCCAAUAAAAG